GCUGGUGGUGAUUUGUGGAUGAUUGGUUGCCAUGUGUGGGACAACCAGAUCCUGCCUUGCAUCCCCCAGUUCCAACUCUGUCCUCCUAAUGUCAUACUAGUCCUCUUCUACUACUACUUCCCCGUCGCCUCGCCUCGCCCCGUCAAGCACGCCGCCGCCCCGUAGAGACCCAACGCCUCUGCGCCGCCCGCCUCCUCCCCCGCUGAGCUGCUGUCCUUGCCCGCGCGCACGUCAUUGCCGCGGCUGUCCUGCUCCUUGUCGCCGCCCUCCCCUCCCGGCGUUGGAGGGGUGUUGAGAUCCGGAGGGGUUCCUGUUGAUUCGUUCUGAUUGUUGUGGCACUACAUGUUUCUUCUGCAAUGCUUGUACUAUUCUGAUAAAUAAGUUCCUGCUGCCACCAAAAGGAGAACAUUAACAGCUCCCAUGGCAAAGUCCUCCAAUGGCAUUGGCCGUAGCAGCAUGCCAAGAUCAAAUGAGGGCAUGAAGCUUAUAUUUUCAGCAGUUGUUGGUGUCAUGCUGGGUUACUUGUUUGGGAUAUCCUUCCCUACAGUCAACAUAACCAAGCUUCACUUCCCUUCCAGCAUUAUCUCGUACAUUGAAGAUAGAGACUCUGGCAUCACAACCCAAACAUUGUUGAACCAUGCGUGGGCAUCUGCAAAUAAUCACAAAAAGAACAGUUCUGAUUCAAACUCUGAUGAAAUUCCCAAGAUUUAUGUUCCCACAAAUCCAAAAGGUGCUGAAAGACUUCCGCCAGGCAUUGUUGUGUCUGAAACAGAUCUUUAUCCCAGAAGAUUAUGGGGUGAUCCAAGUGAGGACCUUACUAGCGAGCCGAGGUAUCUUGUUACUUUUACUGUUGGAAUCGGGCAAAAGGCAAAUAUUGAUGCAGCGGUCAAAAAGUUUUCAGAUAAAUUUACCAUUAUGUUGUUCCAUUAUGAUGGCCGGACUACUGAAUGGGACGAGUUUGAGUGGUCUAAAAGAGCCAUCCAUGUGAGUGUCAGGAAGCAGACUAAAUGGUGGUAUGCAAAACGAUUUUUGCAUCCCGAUGUCGUUGCCAGAUAUGAUUACAUUUUCAUCUGGGAUGAGGAUCUAGGUGUUGAGCAUUUCAAUGCAGAGAAGUAUAUUGAACUUGUUAUGAAGCAUGGGUUGGAAAUCUCUCAGCCUGGUCUGGAACCUGACAGAGGACUAACAUGGCAAAUGACUAAACGCCGUGGUGAUCAAGAAGUUCACAAAGUAACUGAGGAGAGACCAGGCUGGUGUGCUGAUCCUCAUCUUCCACCAUGUGCAGCAUUUGUUGAGAUUAUGGCAACUGUGUUCUCCAGAAAUGCAUGGCGCUGUGUAUGGCAUAUGAUUCAGAAUGACUUAGUCCAUGGAUGGGGUCUCGACUUUGCUCUUAGGAAAUGUGUUGAGCCGGCCCAUGAGAAGAUUGGAGUUGUCGAUGCUCAAUGGAUUGUUCAUCAAGCUGUUCCCUCACUUGGGAACCAGGGCAAGUCAGAUAAUGGAAGAGCACCAUGGGAAGGGGUAAGAGCGCGCUGCAGAAAAGAAUGGGGGAUAUUUCAGACUAGGUUGGCCGAUGCGGAGAAGGCAUAUUACUUGGAACAAGGGAUCACUCCCCCUAAUUCGACAGCAGUUUAGAUGAGUACACGCCCCUCACAUGUCAUGUCAAGGUUUCUACUGCGGGAACCUGGUCCUUGCGUACUGGCAUUAUUCAUUGAAGCAGAUGCAUCCAUACAUCUGCAGCUCCAGGGCCAGAUUUGUACAUGUGGCAUCUCGAGAAUCAGCACGGUUAAUCUUAGUCUCGUUCCACUUGGUUUUAAUGUCAUUUUUUGGGUAGUGAGGCUAGCUGCGAUGUAAGUAGAGAUUUAGGAGGGACCGUGAGGUGGGGUACUUUGAUGCUCAUUUGUGUAUUAAUAACCUAAUGCAAUAUGGAUAUCCUUUUCCUCGUUUUGAUAUGUAAAUUGUUUGCUAAA